CCUGCUACCUUGCAGCUUCUCCCUCCUCUCUGCCUGGACCCACAGUGGUGGCGCCUCUCACUGGGCAGAGGCAGUGCUGACGUCAGGCCAGCUGCACUGGCAGGGCUGUGAUGCGCGAGCGCUGCCAGGAAUGGGAUGCCAUGUUAAGGAGAGCGGAGCUGGGUAUCUUCUCAAAUAAUAUGUAAAACCUUUCUCCAACCUUGAGACGGUGAGAGUACCCAAUGUCCUAAAAGGAGACCAACCUAACUAUGGAUAAUCCACCAAAGCUAGCUGGAGAAACCUUAAUAGUACAUCAUAUCCCACUGGUGCACUGCCAAGUACCAGAUAGGCAACGCUGUCCAACCUCCAACAGAUCCCACUCAUACAGCAAGAAUGACCUUGGAAUUACGAGAACUACUUCUCUACCAGAACGGGACCUAUCACAGGCUGACUCAUUGGUCUACAGCAGUUUAAUCCAAACUUCUGAACCAUCAACAAAAGAAAGGGGGAGCAAAAAGGAAGAAGAUUGUCAGGGACCAAUCACUAGAAAGCGACAUAACCCAUUCCUUCCAAACGAUGAAGAUGAAAAUAACACAUCAAGUGGAAGUGAAGGGGAAAAGUCCUUCCAUCUCCAUACUGCUUUAGGUGGACCAAAAACAGGAUUUCAGUUUCAAGAUCUGUCCUUGCCUCCUUUCCAUCUUCAUGAUAAUCCACCUGUUGUGAAGCCAUGGAUAUUGACGGGAAGGUCUGGACUUAUGGAUGGGCAAGAAGAGAAGACUUCACCGGAUGAUUUGCAGAAAGGUACAAAUGGCAACCCAGGGUCUUCAAUUAUUGAGGACCAGUCUUGGAAUCAUCAUGGUGGUCCUAGCUUCACCCUGGAUUGGAAUGAGAGCUCAGAUUUAGGAAACCAGGACUUUCUCCAAAGCAGAGAGUGCACCUGCAAUGGUUCAGAUUCACUAAGGCACUGCAGGUGCUACAGUGCCUCGAGCCAGUCAGAAAUGGACCAACAGGUGAGCUAUGUGAGUGACUCCUCAUGCAAUAGUUCAGAUGGGAUCCUUGUUAAUUUCAGUGCAUUGUAUAACAAGAUGAAUGGACAACCUAGAUCCAAUCUAAAUUCUGGGAAUCUCUCAUGUGACUCUUCAUUUUGCAGUCAUCCAGACACAGGAGCUUUCUACCUUGAUCUGCAAAGUUCACCCACAGAAUCCAAGAUGUCUUGCGACUCACAUGUUCAAGAAACUUCAGGCAAGCCAUGUAGUUGCCACCAUCACUCGUCUUCUCCUGAGCUGGAUGCCAACUGUAACUCAUACCAUCUUAAUUGUGACUCAGUGCCAUGUAAUGGAGAAAGUUCAGAACUAACCUCAUGUUUCCAAAGCCAAGCAAGGCUAGUUGUGGCUACUCAAAAUUAUUAUAAAUUGGUCACAUGUGACUUAUCAUCUCAGUCUUCUCCUAGCCCUGCUGGUUCUUCAAUUACCAGCUGCUCGGAUGACCAUACAAAGGGAAGCCCAGUGCAGCCAACCGAGUAUUUCCUUUUCCAACAGCCACAGUCCAGUUCAGACACAAAUGACCCCAAACCCCUAAUAGAAAGAUCGAAGUCAGACACAAUUGAGGGUCAAGUCUAUGUAAAUGUGUCACCACCAAACUUUAAUACAGGUAGACAACGGUCUCGAAGUUAUGAUCGCAGCUUGGACAAAAGUCCUUCCAAUCGACUAGGGUCUUUAGAGCGUAUGAUGAGCUGUCCUGUCAAAUUAAGUGAAGGUCAAGUAGUCCAUACCCAGGGCUCAUCUCAUAAGAGGGUAACAUCAUUUUUGGAAUUAGCCAAGAGCAGAAAAAAGAAUGGAUCCAGUCCACCAUUAAGAUCCAGUGGAGAUUCUUCUUUGGAGUUCUCGCCAAUUCCAGAGUAUCAUCGGGAUGGUAGUAGAACUUAUGAACAUGGAGAGUUUCGUAGUCAUAGCCUUCCACCUAUGUCAUUUUUACACUGCAUGAGCCGUACAUGUGAAGGUUGCUCAAGUGACGAUGUUGAUACUAAGGCCACAACUUCAAAGCCCACAUCUAGUACUAACCAAGCAUGUGCAACUACCGAAGCUAGUAUUGAUCAGACAUUGAAAUACAAUGCCCUGGAUGCUGGAGGUUCUGGGCUUAACUUCCUUCAAAGAGACCCAAGAGUAAAAGGUGAUGGUAUGGGGGCAGAAGCCAAACCGGUUUUCCGCUACAGCAAAGACCAGCGUCCGACCACCUUACCAAUACAACCAUUUGUUUUCCAGCAUCAUUUUAGCAAACCUAAAACUCGUCCCCUGCACAGCCACUUCACUUCUAGUCUAUCCCAGCUGUACGGACUGUCCAGCAAUCGAUUGUCUAGUCAACGUAAUGUGUCAGAGUCCCAAUCGUCAGCACCAGUCACUCUGGCCGGCCAGAUGGAGGUCAAUGUUGGCCAGAGUAGAGUGAUCAAUGUGCCUGGUAAACUUUCUCUUGAUGGACUGACGACCAUCAGAGAUGAUCAGAAUGCAAAGCAAGCACCAGAAACAACCCGACCAUCUCCACUGGGCAGUUAUUCCCCAAUUCGGAGUAAUGCCAUGUUCUUUCAAAGUAUGGACUCUGGUUCCUCCAGCUCUCCAUCUCCAGAAAAAGCAAAGGAGAAUCAACCACCUAGAAGUCGCUCCUGUCCAAUCUCAGCCAAUCUUCUGCCUUUAAGAGCAACACAGGUCCGAGGGACCACGUUACCUGGAGCUGCCAAACCCACUCGUAAAUAUGAAGGGUCUCCGAAGAUGGAGGUGCCAAGGCCACUAGUCAAGAGAGAACCACUCAAGGAACCAAGCACACAAGUGACGAAGCAUGGACUUCCAGCCAUUAAUUCUCUACCCCUGCUGAACACUGUUCUCCAUGAGGUCACCCAGCCUGAACGAAAUGAAGAGGACAAAGCCAAACGAGUCCCUGAAAAUAUCAUGCUCUCAAGACCUGUUAAUGCCAAUCACCUCUCCCCUCAAGCCUUGAAGUGGAGGGAGUAUAGACGCCGGAACCCACUAUGCCUCGACCGAGUUCAUGGAGUAACAGGACUUUCUGGGAGUCUGGACAGAAAGCAUGAGACGAAGACAGUGAGAAGGAACCAUUUCUUCGACUUUUCAAGCAGUAUCAACGGCAACCAUUUACACUCACGCUUCCACGGAAAACCUUCGGCUCUGAUCUCAAGUGACUUUUUCCCAGACUACUUCUCAGUGACGGAGCGCCCCCCGGCGGAGUUCUGCCUGUCCCCAGACAGCAGCGUUGAAUCUGUGUCUAUUGAUCUCUUGCAGAAGAGGGGGCUGGUGAAGGCUGUGAAUACGGCAGUAGACCUGGUCGUAGCUCAUUUUGGAACAAGCCGGGACCCAGGAGUGAAGGCCAAACUGGGGAACAGCUCAGUGAGCCCCAAUAUUGGACAUCUGAUCUUGAAAUACCUAUGUCCGGCCAUCAGGGACAUCCUGAGUGAUGGCUUGAAGCCGUGUGUCUUGGAUGUUAUUAUUGGACAAAGAAGAAACAUGCCAUGGACAGUGGUGGAGGCAUCAACACAACUAGGUCCUUCCACCAAACUGCUGCACACGCUGUGCCAGAAGGUGAACCAGUUCUCCGAGCUGUGCAAUCACAACCUGCGCUUCAACGCCUUCAUCUUUGGUCUUCUCAAUAUCCGUUCACUUGAAUUCUGGUUCAACCAUCUGUAUAACCAUGAAGAUAUCAUCUGGGCUCACUUUGACCCUGUUGGCUUCUUGUCUGUGUCCCAUGGAGUUUGUCAACCGCUGUUUGAAGAACUUCUUCUCCUUCUCCAACCUCUGUCACUUUUACCUUUUGACUUGGACCUUCUGUUUGAGCACCACUUGGUCCAGAUGAGCAGAGAACAGCAGCAGAAAAAGGAGAUGCUCCGUGUGAAGCAAGACCUUUUGCAGUCCGUUCACUCCACCAUACAGCUCAUGAGAAGCCGCGAUGAAGAAGAGCAGGCCGGCCAAGAAAAGAAAAGUCUUGUGAAGACAUCUUCCGAGGAGUCCAACAGUGAUGAAAGGCCGACAGGGGAAGGUGCCGCCGCCGUGGAACUUGAUGAAGAGCACAAGAAAGAGACUGCAAUGGAGGUGAAGCGGGACAAGCAGGCCGGGUGGUGGUACCAGCUAAUGCAGAGCUCCCAGGUGUAUAUUGAGAACUCAACUGAUACGGCCAGGUUUACACGCCAAGAUAGGAGAAGACCUGGAAAUGGUGGGACACCCAAAAAAAUGCCACCACCCAGAGAGGGUGUUAUAGAUGGAGCAGAGGCUUGUCCCUGUGUAGAAGGGACAGUGGAAGACAAACCUUGUAAGAAAGACAUGGGAGAUGACACACAGAAGGAUAAUCGCAAGUCGUGGAUGGGCAGCCCCCCCGAGUCUGUGCUCAAUGAACUGAAACGUGGGCAGAAAAAAGAGAGCGGGAACUCCGAAAAGACCACUCAGCCCAGUGGCCAAGAGCAGGGUGUGGCUAAAGAGAAUGUACAGGGCAGUCCAGCCAGGAAAUGGGGACACUUAUUUGGGUCAAGGAGGACUAUGACUGAAGUAAAGCAAACUAACAGGCUGCCCUCGGGCUGGCUCAGCCUCGAUAAGUCCGUGUUCCAGAUGGUGGCUCAGACAGUGAGCGCAGGAAUAUGGGGAGAGGCGUCCUCUGAGAAGGAAAGCAUGGCUGCCGAAAGAGGAGCCGCAUCUGUGUCCCCGUCGUCUCAGAACCCCCAACAUGCCAGUUCUUCUUGUCACCACCCAGAACCCAAACAGAAUGACAUCAGCUGCGUAUACAAAGCGCAUUCGGACCUGCCACGAUGCGGCCUACGAAACCGGAAUCCUCUUAUGCCCCUGAAGUUUGUUCCUCAACCUGAUCGACUAGACUCCUAACAUUUGCGAGACACGUUGCGUUCAAGACUCUCCAAGACGGAGCUCGUUCUGACAGCGGCACGAGGAACGCGCAGAGACCUCUGUGCUUCUUCUACAGAACAGAGUUAUUUCAUGGUGUCUCCAUUGACCUCUGGGAGGAAAUUGGGGCAUCAUGACGGGACAAGUGUGGUGGGACAGGUCACAUUCAUACAGUAUUCUCUCCUUCUGCGCCCAAACCAACGUGCACGUGUGCUAGCCGUGAUAUUGACGUGAGCUGUGCAUGCAGACAUCUUAGAUAAUACUGUGACUUUCCCCAAUGCUUAUGGUCGGACUCCUAACCGGCAACUAAACGUCUGCCUUUUCCCACCGUUCCUCUGUAACUAGCACUUAAAUAUCAAAGGCUCUAGACUUCUUUUUCUCCCCCUUAGGAUAGCGGAACAACCUGCAGCGUCCAAACCCAAGAGCUUACACUCGACUUGGUUAUUGGAAGCACAUGCCAUUAGCUGCUUAUAUUACAUUGGCUUGUGUCCUUGCAUUAAUAUAGAUGGCUGAGAGGAGAAGGAAGAUCACGUGUGGAAGGAAGAUGCCCAAGAGGAGAAUCCGGGAACCUUAAGGUGUCAUUUCACGGCUUGAUAUGACCUGAGAACUGGAUUUUGGACGAUGGGUGGCCUGGCAGUGGAUUUGGAGCUGGGAUGGGAUGAGAAAUGUGUUAUAUAUAAUAAGGGUUUUUAGGGGAUGCAAUUGCAUAUGGGCCCCUAUGCUUGGGGGGCCCCUCACCCAGUGGAUGGUGUUGCAGCGAUGGUAACCGCACCUGUGCCUGUAGAGAGUCCAUGUAAGCAUCAUGUAGCAAUAUGACUUGUAGGGCGCUCCUAGGCUCCUGAGGCAGGCCCCUAACUCAUAAGUGAAUGGCAAUAUGAGUUAUAGGUACUGCUAUGGACCCCUAUGGGUUAGGUAGGGGAAGGGGGUCCUAAUGCAUAGACAGAACUGAGGGGCAUUGACAUAACACGCUGGUGGCACCCUGAGAUAUUCAUCUGGCUCUCUCCCUAUACAAAUGUAUAUGUAAUUAUCCUACUAUUACUUAGUGUAUAUGCGUCAUUAUAUACCACGCGGUAUGCCCUUAUUGGUGGUUAUGUAUGCCCGGGUACUAAACUGCCACCUGCUGCUUCAAUUCUGAUGAGGGAGCUUUCUGGGGUAUUGGCGAUUUGGAUGCAAAUUUUGAAAAUAUAGGCGAUAUAUGGCCGAUGACGAGGUGCCAUUCAUGAGAACGUACAAUCUACUGUAUAUAGUGACAUUGUUAUAUAUAUCGCUAAACCGAGCUAUUAUAUCCCUAUGACUUAUUACAGCACUUUGUUCAUUUCACAGACUUUUUACAUUUUGUUUCUUGGAUCCCAAGAGCUUACGAUUCAGUCACGAUGUCUGAUCGCCCCCUAGUGUUAUAGAGGGAUGCUCCCUCAUCGACGUAGUUGCGCUUUCUGUUGUAAUAUCGCACCAGAUUAGUAUUUGUACUACUGGAUAUUAAGGGCGAUAAUUCACCCAGUAAUUUUAGGGGGGCUGGGUACCGCUUGUACGUACUACGCUGCAUAUAGAGAUAUGGCAGACAGUGUGUGUGCUGGUUGCUUGCACUGUGUGUUGUAGUCUAUGGGAGGGGGGGGGGAAGGGUUUAAUGUCGUAUUUAAAAGGGCAGGACUGGGCUGCUGAUAUCCUUGAUGUAUCCGUCAUGUGUAUAAAUGAAAGGAUCUGCAGUUUGGUUAGGUUAGGCCAAGAGUAGCUGAUGUGGGUACCGGACUUGUUAUCCAUAGACACUUCCGGAGGAGGGGAAACAAAUUGUUUACCCUCCCCAUUUCUCGGAGGGUGUUACCCGCUAAAUUUCCAUAUUUCCCUUAGUUGCCUGGAAGAUACCUCCUGUAUUAUAUUAUGUAGAGCAUGGUAUAUUAAUACAUGACUGCUGAGGAUCGGGAGGCACAAAAAGAGCAGCAAACCAUAAAAACAGACCUAUGGGGCCUGCGGAGCCGAGAACAAAACUCAGCUCCUCUGUGAUGUUGGCUACUCAAAGAAGGUCAAGGAGGUUCUUGAUGAAGGGUGCUUGCUUGCUUGGAGUCAGACAAAGGAGACAAAGCAAGGGGGGGUCCCAUUCCCAUAGGAGGUGCUUAAUUAACGGUGGCAGCUUGCUUGGAGUCGGAUGAAGGCGUCAAAACAGAGGGGGCCCAUUUCCAUUCAUUUUAGGCUCAGGACUGGGGUAAACAAUAGCAAUUGGCCAUGAUUGUCAAUGUUAUCUCAUCAUGGGAUGCACCGCGGGGGUUUAAUGGGAUCUAAAUAAAUAGAACUAUGGUAAGAAAAGGUCUGAUCAUGGGAAAUCCAUAUGGCUGUACACAGUUUUUGGACUGGUGCAGGUCCUGGGGGAUUGAUUAGUGUUUUUAGUUUUUUUUUACACCAUAGAACGGUACUCAUGAAAUAACAUGAUUGAUGGGAGAUCACUGGAGAAAGAUGAUACUAGUACACUGGCGGGGUUACACUGUAACUAUUAUACCGGUUAAUAAACCAGACCACGGGACAUGGUUGGCACAGGAGAAAUGUGUUUAAUGUGAAUCUGGUUGCAGAGAUUUUGGCUUUAGUCAGAGGGGCAGAAGAGUCAUUUACUGUACAUCUGACUGUAGACAAGAAGACCGGUAUAUCUGAUCAUGCCUGUUCACAUCAGCGUCACGCUUCCAUCGAUCAUUUCUAUUAUUCUGCUCCACUACGGGACCAGAACAAUGAAACUAACAGAAGCUCCAGAUCCACCACUAAGAAAGCGGAAUUAUGAAGUAGAAUUGGGUCAAUUAUUGCUCAUGGCACAGUACUAAUAGUGGUCACAGUUCACAAGCAAUGGGGCCUCUUAAAGGGGUUUCCAGGAUUACUGUGAUGUGCUCAUGUAGCUGCUUUCCUCAUCUUCAUCUACCCCAUGCUUUUUUCUUUUUUUAAUUCAGACUUUCCUCACUGGUUUUCAACAUGUAAAUCAAGCACUCUGAUUUGUUUUCAUGCUUUAUGUGGCACUUCCUUUUGCUGUAUCCAACCAAACCCAUGAUGCACUUCUCCUUCCUCUACCACCGCUCCAGGACCAUUCCUAAUCACACCCAGCUAGUUUAUAGCUAAUUACAUAGACACUUCCCCUAUCACUGCCCCACCCAUGGACAUGACAUCACAGGAGAUAAGAAAGAGCUGCAUGGACAUGGUCAUGUGACCACCGCGCAAACGAUAGUUACAAUAAAGGUAAACAAAAUAACAUUGCAGAACUACAGCGACCUUCAGAAAUGAUUCAUUUAAAGGAUGUUGAUGCAAAUUGGAAAACCACUUUAAUAACAAUUGUGGUCUAUUUGUUACAACUCUUCCUAGAUUGACUCUUCAUCAAAUCUUCUUCUAAGGGAAAAAAUUGCAGCAGCUUUACAGAAUGAUCACAAUUAAAAAUGGAGGGGUCACAGAGCCACUACUUUCUGCCCGGACAAGCCCCCAGAAUUUCAGUCUGACUCUUUGCAUUGGAUCACAGUGAAUCUAAAUUUGCCAUAAUUGCUACUAGUUUCACUUUUUAUAUCCCGUUCUUGCCUCUUCUACUCCUAUUCACUUGCUUUGUGCUUUAGUGAGGGGCAUGCAGAAAGUAGUGGUGAUGUGCACACGGCCUGGCAAUGGCCAAUAGCAGGAAAUACUAUUGGAAUAUCGGCUCCCCUAUCUCUUUCCGUGCAAUCCAUAUUAAUACAUUUCUUACAGAAACUCUGCAGCCAUUUUAGAAGAGCCUACGUUUACUUGUAUAUGCAGUAAUAAAGCAAUUGUAAUUAACGGACUGGUGAACGGAUCAGGGGGAUACACCCAUAUAUUCUCUGCAGGCCCCCUCACCAUUUUCCACCCUGAUCCUAGUUAUUUUCUGCACCUAUCACUCCUAUCAUGCCCAUUUUCCGUAAGGGGUUGAGGGUUAAUCUGCGAAGCUACUGGCGUCUGUACAUCCGCUCGUGCUGAAACUAACUCUCCUCGUCUGUCACCUGUGCCGUCAUCUUGGUGUCCUCUGCCAUAUAUAUGUAUAUUUAUUGGUUUGUUUAUUUAUUACGCAUAUUAAUAAAAAAAAGGUGCUGAAUAUAAA